AUGCGUGCUCAUCGUGUGUUCGAGCGCGUCCUUCAGAAUCCUCACAUGGAAGGCCCAGAAUGCACCCUCACGCAGGCCGGCUCCAUUAUCAUAACAUCCACCGGAAAACAGUACAUCGCCAAGAUUGGACGCCAUGAGGACACAGAUCGGUAUCACGGAUUAAACGAGUCGCUCGUGAUACUCGAGACCGCGGUGCCAGGUCUUGCUCCCAAAUCCAGCGGCUGCGGCCUCAUAGAGCGUGAAGAUAAAGAGCUCGAUAGCGACCUGAUGAAACCGUACUCCUUAUGCGAGUACAAGGAAACCGUACCCCUCGACUCUGAAACAGCCAAGGUCCUCGCAAUGCGCCUCGCCACGGAACUACAUACUUACAAGAGUCUGGGGAGUUUCGGAUUCCACGUGCCUACGUAUUGUGGGCCAACUCGGCAGGAAAACAAAUGGUGCAAACCUUGGCAGAAAUGCUUCGACGCGCUCAUUGGAGACCUUGCAGACGAGCUGCACGCAAAUAAGGAGUACAAGGCCCUUUCCAGGAAGGUCACUCGUGUGAGAGAACGAAUCAUCCCAGCACUGCUGGGAAGUCUUGUUAUUAGCCCCGUCCUACUUCAUGGUAAUUUGUGGAGCGGCACCACAGGAGUCGAUCGUCACACUGGAGCUCCUGUGAUUCUCGACCCUGCGUGUUUCUUCGGCCAUAACGAAUUUGAUUUGGCUUUGAGCCGCAUGCUUGGCGGCAUGCCGGAUUCGUUCUACGUCGCAUAUCACGAUUAUCUCCGAUGGUCCGAGCCCGAGGAACAGUACGGCAUGCGGCAGGAAUUGUACCAGCUGUACCACUGCUUGAGAUACCUUUUGAUAUUUGGCAAGGAUACGUAUGCUGAGGGUGCUCGGAAGAAGAUGGAUUGGCUGCUAAGGGUGGCCCCAUACUAA